CCAGCCUCGGUGGAGGCAGUUCACAUGUGCAGUAGAGUCACCAUUUAAAAUGUGAAUGCAAAUUUGAAUAAAACUCGCAAAAUUUGGUUUGAUCUGAGUGACCUUGAUAUCUGGCACCUCCCUCCUCCUCCUCCUCCUCCUCCUCAGUCAGUGGAAGUCAUCCUGAAAGCGGACACCUCCGUGGAUCCAGCCGGAGUCUGAGCUCUGCUCGCUGUGGACAGUGGCCCCUGGUGGAGCUGCUGCUGCUGAGCUCUGCUGUGCCACAGGAGGAACGCUUCCCACUAACGCGCACACAGGUGGCGGACACGGAUCUCUGAGAACACGGCUCCAACCCCAGAGUGCUGUCAUCAAGCUGUUAUUCAUCCCUGCAUCAUGGGAGCUCAUCAGCGGUGUGACAGAUACAAUAUAUGAAGACUGAGAGGUCGUCAUGGAGACUGACAGCUACACCUCGGGCCCAGCCACCGCUGACUGGGUUGGGACGAUGGCCGGUCUGGAGGGAACAGGAGUCCUACAAGAGCAGGGAGGAGGGGGCUCGUCCAGCAGCCCCGUGUCCUGGUACAUGCCAUACUCGCUGGGCUUCCAGGUGUCCCUCACAGCCUUCCUCAUGCUGGAGCUGGUGCUGGGCUUCAGCAGCAACCUGACAGUGCUGGUUCUCUACUGGUCUCAAUCCAAUUUAGUGGACUCAGUGAGCAAUAUGGUAACUGUCAAUCUGCAUAUACUGGACGUGGCGGUGUGUGUGCUGUGUCUGCCGCUCACGCUGGUGGUGGUGGUGCUGCCUCCAGGACCAAACCUGGCCCUGCUCUGCUGCUUCCAUGAAGCCUGCGUCACGUUUGCCAGCAUCUCCACAGCUAUCAACAUCCUGGUCAUCAGCUUGGACCGAUAUGACAUUUCAGUACGGCCGGCCAACAGGCUGCUGACCACACGCAGAGCAGCGCUACUCCUGGCUGCUGUUUGGGUCACGUCAGUAGCUGUGUUUUUUAUCCCAUUCUUGGAGGUGCAGUGGUCCAGCGAAGAGGGAUCAGAGGAGAAAGGGCAGGCGGCACCCAUGUCUUUGUCGUCACAUAGCACCACAGUGGCGCCAGCGUGGCGUAACCUGACACUGCUGUGUAUUGGUGGACAGGGCUAUCACACAAGCCUGGGAAUGUAUUACCAUCUUAUCCUGCAGGUACCCAUCUUCUUCACCACCGUGGCAGUCAUGCUCUUCACCUACUCCAGGAUACUGAGAGCUUUAAACAUCCGCAUUGGCUCCCACAUGAAGAAGACCCAGCGGUUCAGGGGACCCUCCUGCAGCGGGCUCCACAAGAGACAAAAGAAAAAGAAAGCUGGGCUAACAGUGAUCGAUGGUGGGGAGUUGGGAGGGGAGCAGAGCAACACAGAUGGUACCAAACAGCUCAGCCACCCUCCCCUCAUUCCUUCCCCCUCCCCUACACCCACAGCCACCUCCCCCCCUGCCCUGUCCUCAUCCGCCCCUCUGGUCAUCUCUGAAAUGGGUGCGGCCACCCCUAUGCCAGCCACAAUGGGUGUUCAGGCCUCGGUGUCAGCUAUCAUUGCCUUGCGGAGGGCAGUGCGGCGACAUAGGGAUCGGCGAGAGCGCCAGAGGCGGGUCUUCCGGAUGUCCCUCAUCAUCAUCACCACCUUCCUGGGCUGUUGGGCUCCCCUCUCUGUGACCAACGUGCUAAUCCUUGGCAUCGGCCCCAGUGACGCACUGAUCAGCCUGCGCCUCUGGUUCCUGGCCCUUGCUUACGGCACCACUGUCUCCCACCCUCUGCUCUACGCUUUCACCCGACAGAAGCUGCGCCGUGCCCUCCGCGCCAAGGUUAAAAAGAGGGUGGUGUCCUUGCUCCAAGUAGAUCCUUCACCAGGGGGCACUAUCAUACACAACUCCUGGGUGGAGAACAGAAAAACCACCCGGCAGGUGCGGCUGGAGGCAAGUGAGGGCACUGACCGUUGCCAGGCAGAGGCCCUGUGAGACUGACACUACUAAUGUAAAUUGUUUCAUUAGGAGACUCACUGACGUGUGAAACCAGUGUAAGAAAUGUGAAAAACACAUUUCUACCUCUGGGAGAUGAUCCACCAGUAACCACCAGCAGCACGCCCAUGCUAGGCACAACUAACCUCACCUCAGGCAGGAGCAGGGGGAGGUUGCUGUCGUCACUGUAGUGUGCACAGUCUUUGCAGCCGAAGCAAAUCAUACACAACAAACACUCAAGUGUAAAUAAUUUGCACUCUGUCAAACACUAAAGUCUGUUUACACGAGGAGCUGCACGAGAGAGCAUUCUCACAGUGGUGCUUACAUAACCGCUCCAAAGAUUGUUUCACCAGCAGAUGAUCUGAUCUGCCUCCUGCUCAAAUGCUCCAAGGCAGCUUAAAAAAUGUAUGUUCCACUCCAAAUACAUAAAUACUCAACAAGUCUUUGAAUGUAUUGAAUAUUGUUUCUGCCUUAAUUCUGCUCUGAAAGUCUGGCUGGAUGGCUGUUGUGCAUUCCGAAAACACAGAGACAUAAAAUGUGAAGAUGAGUUGAAAAUGUGUCGGGGUUGACGAGGACCAGUCCACAGAGAGCAGGUGAGGCACAUGUCUGAGUACAAUUAAAAUGUGAAAUAUUAAAUGCAGUUUGGCUUUAGGUUUAGUUAUUAUAUGUUCAAAUGUUACAGUGUUUAUAUAAAACCCUGCAAUAGCUAUUUUUUUCCAGAUUUGUAUCAAAUGGUGUAAUAUCUUGUUGAUGUGUUGCGUAUACUGCAGGGAGAAGCACAGAUAUCAUUCAUGGGAAAAGUUUGUCAUUGGGAAAGUACGCUUAUUUGCGUUCUUACAGAGAGAGUUCGAUCAUUCCGAUCAACACAGAGUGUAUAUGAGAAAUAUGAAGCUACAGCAGCAGCGGCCUAGCAUAGCUUAGCACAAAAAAGCGGAAAAGGAGAACCAGUUAGCGUGGUUCAGUUAAAAAAAACAAUAAUUUCUGAUGGUAAGCUGUUGUAAAAAUUAAUGAAGCCAUUUUCAGAUUAGACCUGUCUACCUGGCUGCUGGCUGUUCUAUGACUUUUGGCAAGAAAGUGAAUAAAUGUAUUUUCUAUUCAUUUAAACUGUUAAGAUUUAUCAGGUGUUAAUAGAAUCCCGGGUAACGAGUUCAAAUGAAACUGUAAAAUGGACAGAUGUUGAACAAAAUAACAAGAAAACCUCCAGCAUAAUGAAGUUUAGUACAUCACCAAAAAUUGAAGUCUCGAAAUUAACUGUCAAGUUCAGUCACUACAAUUCUGGCACAUUCUCAAUAAAACCUAAAGCUUGAAUAGUAUUUAUUGCCGACCUGUUGUUUGGAGGUUAUGUUAAUUGUGACUCCCUUUUGGCAUGCUUAAAGCAUGCAACUCUCUUGUGGAAUAUCUUUUAUGUACAUGAUGUAAAUAUUGAACAGAUUUGAAUUUACUACAUGUGAAGUCUACAGUACAAGUCACUUGGUCUGUGUGAUUAGAGAUCGACUUUUCUAGAUCAGACGAGUGUUUCGGGUGCAGCCGGGCCGUCUUUGUCAGGACCCAGACAUCUGGUCCCAUGGGUCAUCUCAACCUAAGUGUCCAGCAAACACAAGAGAGAAACUCUCACUACAAUCGAGCGCUGACAGCUUGGUAAUAUUUUUAAUAGAACUAGUGUUUGCUGUUGACUUUGUUGUAGGCUACCUGCUUUUGUGUUCACUGCUGUAAUGCUGUACUCACACCAGGGCUCAGUUCAGAGGCCAUGUGAUUUCUGUUGCACACUAAAUGCAAUCCUGAAUGUAAACACACACACAC